AUGGGAUGCUUGGCUGCAUUCUACGACAAAAUUGAGAAGAAGUGUUUCCUGACCCAGAAACAGUACCAGAGUGGAGGAGCUGGCUUUUCACUGCAGGCCGGGACCACGUUCUACCACAGGAAACUAGAUUUCUGCCCCACCGUAUACGACUACGAGUGGUCCAGUGACGGGUCCACCUGCUUCAGGUACGGAGAUGCCACAAAAUGGGAUAACGCCAACGCUGCAUGCCGGGAAGAUGGCGGACGUUUGAUGCAAGUGGAGACAGUUAAUAAAAACAGCGUUAUGGUGGAGAUUAUCAAUACCUAUAAGAAUGGUGUCGGUAUGGUGCUUGUAUUCUUCGGAAUGGUGGAUUAUAAAAGCGAGGCCUCUCCCAGGUGGGCUGACGGGAGUCAGAUCUCUGGCUAUGAAAACUGGUAUCCUGGUUCGCUGGACAGUGAUAUCCAGGAGUGUGGCGUUUACCAUAGGAAGACCCUGUCGGAGGCGUUACAGUGGGAAGACCAGCUCUGCAAUGCCAACUACAACUAUGUCUGUGAGGUCGUGCUGGAUUAG